UAGUUUGAUUCGUGACAUAGUUUUGACAAAAGAUUGUGUACAAAGUUGGCGAGGACGGAAUUGUGUUAACUUGAGGCGAUUUUUCAACGAAAAUGGUUGAUGAGGAGGAUCCAAAGGAAUAUCGCUGGGAGACCGGCUACGAGAAGACUUGGGAAGCGAUAAAGGAAGAUGACGAUGGAUUAUUGGACAAUGCUAUCGCCGAAAUCAUCCAGAAGGCGAAAAGGAAACGCCAAUCACAAAAGACUGGGCAUAGCCGUCUAGGUAUGAUGCGGCAUUUGCAAAUCAUUAUCGAUUGUUCGGAGUCUAUGAGCGUACCUGAUUUAAAGCCCACGCGUCUUUUAUGUACUAUGAAGCUUCUAGAGCUUUUUAUCGAUGAGUUUUUCGAUCAAAAUCCUAUCAGCCAACUUGGGUUAAUAGCACUGAAAAGUAAACGUGCAGAAGUCAUCACAGAUUUGGCUGGAAAUUCAAGAAGACAUAUGAAAGCAGUUCAAAAUUUAAUGAAAAUUAAUUUAACGGGCGAGCCAUCACUGCAAAACGGACUGGAGCUGGCUAUGAAAAGUUUAAAACUCGUUCCGUCCCAUGCAAGUCGUGAGAUCCUAAUUAUAAUGGGAAGUCUAACGACUUGCGAUCCUAUUGACUUGACUCUUACUGUUGAGGCUUUAAAGUCCGAAGGAAUUCGUUGUUCUGUCGUCAGUUUAUCAGCAGAGAUUCGUGUGUGCCGUUACCUUACUCAACAAACGGGUGGAAUAUAUGGUGCUGUGUUGGACGACGCUCACUACAAGGACCAACUUUUGCAACAUGUCGAUCCACCGCCGGCAGCUCAAUCGCAGGAGAACUCUUUGAUAAAAAUGGGUUUCCCACACGGUCAAUCGGAAGACGGCAAAGAUCCCCCGCACACAAUGUGCAUGUGUCACAUCGACAGUACUGAUGAUCCCAGUAAACUUACCGCCGGGGGAUAUCACUGCCCCCAAUGUUUGAGUAAAUAUUGCGAAUUACCUGUUGAGUGCAUAUCGUGCGGGUUAACAUUAGUGUCGGCUCCACAUUUAGCUCGUUCGUAUCAUCAUCUCUUUCCCGUUCAACAUUUCGAAGAGAUUGACUUCAGCGGGCAGGCGGAAAUUUGCUAUGCAUGCCAGAAGGUGUUUAGCAAUGUUGAUAAGAAAAUUUACCAGUGUCAAGCUUGCUCGCAGUAUUAUUGCAACGAUUGUGAUAUUUUCAUACACGACACCUUGCAUUCAUGUGUUGGGUGCACGACAAUACCGCGGGCCGCUCAAAAUGUUCAUUUAAGAAAGCCAGUUGCUCCGAAUGACCGUUUCUAACUGAUUGAUAUCUUUGUUCUAUAAAUGUUCAAUUGAAUUGAAAUCGACUCAAAGUCUAAUUGUUCACUUUAUGUUGCAUUGUUCUUCACGUUUCAAGUGUUUAAAUUGAUAUCGUUUGGAAUACGCUAUCUCCUAUCAUAGCAGAAAACAAUAAACAAUUUGUUCCUCAAA